ACCAUAAAACGCCCAUCUCCAAUCCCUGAAUGCGUUUGAAAACAGAACGAAGUUGUCGUUAAUAUAUUGGUGCUUUAAGCCAUAGAAUCUCAAAAAAUGGGCCUUAAAGGUUGUGAAGUGCAAUUGGACAACCCUUGGAACACGUACUAUGCGGGUCAGACGGUCAACGGUCAGGUGAAGUUCACAUUCGACUCGCCCAAAAAAGUCCGAGGAAUCAUCAUACGGUUCUUGGGAGAAGCCAACACGGAGUGGACAGAGGAAAAGAGUGUAACCACCAGCGAAGGAAAGACAGAGAACGAAGUCACCCAGCUUAAGGGACAUGAAGAGUAUUUCAAGAUCCAGUACUAUCUGUUGGGCGGCAAAAACAGUACUGAGACGGAACUACCGGCUGGCACCCACACAUAUCCAUUCACUUGCGCCCUGCCACCAAAUUUGCCUUCCUCCUUUGAGGGUGAAUUCGGUCACGUGCGAUUCACCAUUAAGGUGACACUGGAUCGCCCCUGGAAAUUUGACCAGGACAUGAAGAUGGCCUUUACGGUUAUAGCGCCUGUUGACCUGAAUCUCAAUCCACGCGUCAAGGAACCUUUUAAGCUAGAGCUGGAGAAGUCAUUUUGCUGUUUCUGCUGUCGCUCGGGUCCACUGGCCGUCAUCACUAGCAUACCGCAAACAGGAUUUGUUUCGGGGCAGGUGCUGCCUAUUACCUGUGAGGUGGAUAACACCAGCAAUGUUAAUCUCACCGCGGUAAAGUUUGAACUACGCAAGUUAGUUACCUUCCAUACGAAUCAACCUCGAAGUGAAAAGCGCGAGUCAAAGGUGAUCAUAGCCAACUUAAGUGUUGGCCCAGUCAAUGGCGGCGAGUCUCGAACAUUUACGCAGCAACUGGAAAUACCAGCGUUGCCGCCAACUAAUCUUCUAAACUGCGGAAUUAUCGCUUUGGAUUACGACCUUCAUGUGGAGUGUGAUGUUAGCGGUCCUCAUCGUAAUCUCACCGGUAAGGUGCCCAUCACUUUGGGUACCAUUCCGUUGGCGGGCGUAAAACCGCCUACCCAAUUUACAGAUGCUCCUUCGGCCGUCCAGUCCGAGGAUCCAUCGCUGGCGCCCACACAGCCCGUUAGCCCGGCCAGUCCUCCUGGCGGUGAUGGUGUUGGUGGUGCCCUGGGUUGGAACGUGGCUGACAGCACUGGUGGUGGUGGUUCCCUGUACCCCAAUAUACCUCCUCCGCAAUUCGUGGAAACCCAAUAUCGGGCACCGACCAUUGCAGGACGGGACGACUCAGAGCAUACGCAGAUAAUCGGUGAUGGAGCCUUCGCUCCCCGUUAUCCGACCUUCCAGUUCAAUAAUGCAACAGCACCGCCAGCGAACCAGUGAAAGAAUCUCUAAACCGGAGACACAACGAUAUUCUGAAACAUUUUAACUCAAACGUCAAGAAAGAGAAUUGUACUCAUUUUUAUAUGAGUUUCCAUGGAAAUUCAAUGAGUAGAUGGUUUUUAAGAUAAUAUUGAAGAGGGAUUUUUUUCUUUCGUUCUUUUUAAUCGGCUUUGCAUUUAUUAUAGCUUUCCGUCCAAACCGAAAGCCCAAACAGCUGCAGUCAAAAUAAUAUGAACCCUUGCAAAAAGUUAAUAAUUGUUAAGAUACACAUUUCUCUGUUAUUUGUAUUAUAGUAGAGACUCUUUUAGAUCCAAUCUAAAGUUGAUAUUUCUGCUGUAUAUUGUAUUUCUAAUACUUCUAUUAUUCAAAAAUAAUGUUUUAGCUUUAAAGGGAAGUUGUUGUCUUUUAUUUUGACUGCAACUGAAUAAAUAAUCGUAUAUAUACGCACAAUUUAGUCAAAUCCGAUUUGAAAAUGCAAUUACGCUGCUCAAAAUUAUUCUUUUCUCAUUUUAUAAGCCUGCAAUAGUGCCUGAAACUGAUGUACGACUAUAAUCGUAAUAAAACACAAAAAUGUAUGAAUAA